AUGCCACCACAGACAGAGCCCGCCACUAGCAGAGGCACGACUCAUACGGCUGUGUCCUUGCGGAAAGCUAGAAAGAGAGAGGCAGAUCGGAAAUCACAGCAGGCGGCACGCGAACGGACGAAAAAUCGGAUUGCCUUCCUCGAGGCUUUGGUCCUCGACCUUGAGCAACAGGAUCCCACCAGCAAUGCCCAAGAACUUAUCAGACAACACGACGAAGUACGUGCUGAACGCGAUUCGCUGGCGCAAGCUCUAAGCGCCAUUGAGCGCAUCAUUAAGGACCGUAAGGGCCAUCGUCCCGCGCCCGGCUCCGCCAACGCACCGCCGUGCGACAACCAGUCGUCCCCGCCACCCGACGAUGGCCAGAGAUCCGACAAUAGUGGCUUUGGUGAUACCGGAUACUUAUCGCCGCUCGCAACAGUCAGCAACUUCAACAGUGAAUGCGGAGAAAAUAAUGUGCAUGUACCGAGCAAGACCUCGGCACUGGGUCUCGAUCAAACUCUAGUCCCCGAAUCAGAGUUCAUGUUCGACGACGUUUUGCCAAUGGACGAGGUACUCACUUGCAUUCCUCCAGAUCCAAUUAUACCCCCAGCGGCAAUGUCCAAGUGCGAUUGCGCUCCGCGCUCCUCCCCGAAAGCCACAAUGGAAGGAGGGGCCAACUUGUGGAGAUAUGCGAAUGAAGUCCUUAGUGAACCUACGCCCUGGUGCCCUCAAUUGAGUGCCCAAGAAGCUAUGGUAGAGGACGAUACUCCUGUUCGAGCUAUUAUCGACGGCUGGGACGCCGUUGAGAGGCGUGCUGGUGGUCGCCUACUACCAUCAUGGCAAAAACUACGACAAAUUGAUGAAGCGAUAUUCUCAUCUUGCGCAAAGGUGGAGAGACUAGCAAUUCUGCGACUAAUGCACAUCCUGCUGCGGUUUCAUCAAGAAGGAAGCGAACAAAAACGUGAAGCGGUGCCCUUGUGGUAUCUUGCGAGGCCGUCACAGUCAAUCGCACACUCUUAUGCCAUCGACUUUUUUGCCUGGCCGGGUCUUCGUGAACGCUUCGUCUUUCAGCAGCAUCGGUACUGCUCUAAUAUGUUCUGGCAACUGUUCUGCUCCAGUCUUCAUAUACUCUGGCCGUUCGAGUUCCGAGACUGCUACUUUCGCAAUACCGACACAAAUGAGUACAAGGUCUCCCCUGCCUUCGAUGAACGAAUCAAGGAUAUAAACGUUUGGACAAUGUCGGGAGAUAUCUUCAAGAUGUGGCCUGAGUUCUUAUCCGACAUGCCCAGAUUCAACCGAGGCCCGGGCCGAGAGCUCACUUCAAAUCUCUCCAACAUUAACCGUAUGCUCAAUAGUGAAAUGAGGGGUAGUGCAGAAGACGGCUCCGAUGAAACGGGCGAAGUAAGCUUAGAUAUUGGCUAUCAAACCCAAUGGGUGAAUCAGCACGGUAGCGGCCAGCAGACAAACCUGGGUCUAGAUGCCAACCUUGAUCAAUAA